UUUAACGACGUCGCUUACGAUAAAAAAGUUGACCUUACUAUCCUAACCGAAGCUCUUUGCAUCGACUGUCAGCGAUUUUUUGUCAACCAGCUCUAUCCUCUACUUACAAACUUGAAUAGUAUUAUAAACUUUGAUAUUGUACCUUACGGUAACGCACAUAUCAAGGAUGGGAAGAUUAUCUGCCAACAUGGGGAAGAAGAGUGUAAAAUCAACAAAUACCAUUCUUGUAUGAUCGAUGUUAUUAAGCACCAAUAUGAGUUAGUCUCAUUGUUGUACUGCACGGAAAAACUGUUGAUGGAGAAAAACUCAUUUGAAGUUGCAAAAACGCGAUGUUAUGCCGAGCAUUCUAUUGACAGGGCCUUACAGAAUGAGAUCGAGUAUGUAUCGUUCAUCUUUAUCUGA